AUGGAACAAGGUCGGAAAAAUCUUCUAGUUGUUGAGCAAAAAAAAUUCUCUUGGGAGGAUUCGAACCUGGGACCUCUCGAGCCAUGAACGAGCUUCUUAGCCACUUGACUGUACUUUUCAAAGCUCGAUCCUUUCAAAAAUAGUCUGGCUGAGUCAAGAAAUCUAAAAAGCGAUCGGCAAUAAUUAAAUCCCUUGGGAGGAUCCGAACCUGAGACCUUUGGAGCUAUAACCUAGCUUCUUAGCCACUUGGCUAUACGCUUUUAGAGCUUGAAAGUUAAAAAAAUCACUCCGACUAAGUCAAGAAAACCAAAAAGCGAUCAGCAAAAAUUGAAUCCCUUAGAAGGAUCCGAACCUGGGACCUCUAGAGCCAUAGACAAGCCUCCUAGGCACUAGACUAUAAUUCCUUGGCUAUACUCUUCUCCAACCCGUUUUCUAAAAUCCCAAAAUUCGAAAAUAACUUUUUCCUUGGCAGAAACUCCAGUCUAAUUGUGUUUCGGGGCUCCCAGACCUUGAAUUAUUCAACAAAAAGUCACACAUAACGGCUAGGUUUCCUCUUCAGAAAAGUUUCUGAAGAAAAAAUAUUAGUCAGUUUUUUGAAAUUUUCAAAGAAUGGAGCUAAAAUAAGUCUGAAAAAGAUUAAAAUAGUAUAAACUUUAAAUUUUUGUACUUGUAAUAAAGCAGAGUCUCAAAGAGCCGAAAAGUAAGAAAAAUCGUCUCUAACAUGAGCAAUAAAACCAUAGUAUGAGCAAUUUGAAAUUUUCGCUCCGGGUCAUGAACUUCGAGGCUCCUUAUUCAACCUCAGUAUUAUAUGGAAUUUCAAAAAAUCAAGCUCAAAAGAACUGAAAAAUGGGGAAUCUUCCCUAACAUGAGCAAUAAAACCAUAGGAUGAGCUAUUUGAAGUUUUUUGCUCCGGAUCAUGAACGUUGACGUUCCUUAUUCAACCUCAGUGUUAUAUGGAAUUUCAAAAAAUUCAACCAAAUUAAUCGAAAAAUUAGGAAAGCGUCUCUAAAAUGAGCAAUAAAACCAUAGUAUAAGCAAUUUGAAGUUUUUAACUCCGGGCCAUGGGCGUCGACGUACCUUAUUCAACGCAGUGCCAUAUGGAAUUUCAAAAAAUCCAGCUCAAAAUAGCCUAACAUGAGCAAUAACCCCCUAACAUGAAAAAUUUGCAGUUGUUUGGAGCGGGGAUCAUGAACGACGACUUUACGCGAAAUUGGCUCAGAACUACGAUAAAUUGGCGAGGCCCGUCAAAAAUGAAAGUCAAGCCGUCGUGGUACAGCUGGGACUCGAUUACCAACAAAUUUUGGAUGUAGUGAGUCGAAAAAAUUGUAGAAAAAUGUUCAAAAAGUGACUUGGAAAAAUGGCAUAAAUAGUUACGGCGAGGUUGUGAGUCGAACCUGCGACCUUUUAAAUGGUAGUUUGAAGCUCUAGAAGCCUUUAAAAGUUGUUUUCAAAAUGGCAAAAAAAGGUUUGACGAGAGGCGGAGUCGAACAUGUGACCCUUUUAGUGAUAAGCAAGGGCUUAACCAGUUUGACCACGGCCUUUUUUUCAAAAUUUUCAUAGGAACUCUAGGAAAAGCUUCAAAAGAGUCUAAAAAAGAUCAAAAAAAAUGGCAAAACUAAUUUGGCAAGAGGAGGAAUCGAACUUGUGACCCUUUUAGUAAUGAUCAAAAGUUUAACCAGUUUGACUAGGACAUUUUUUGCUGAUUAUAGGAUAAAAACUAUAUGAAAAGCUCCAGAAACAUCCAGAAAGACAUCAAAAAAAUGGCAAAACUAAUUUGGCAAGAGGAGGAUUCGAACUUGUGACCUUUUUAGUGAUAAGCAAGAGCCUAACCAGUUUGACCACGGAGUCAAGAGCGUUCCAAUCACAAAAAACUCACAUAACUCUCGAAUUUCAGGAUGAAAAGCACCAAAUAAUGAACUCCAACGUCUGGUUAAGGAUGGUAAGGCUUAAAAAACCUUCAAAAUAAGGUAAUUUUUGAAAUUUUGAAGAGUUGGAUCGAUCAUUAUUUGACGUGGGAGCCCAGUGAGUACGGGAAUAUUCGAGAGGUUUUUUUUAACUUUUAAUUGUUAGAAAAACAGUAAGUUCAGGUCCGCCUUCCCAUAAAUAAUAUUUGGAAACCGGACGUUUUACUCUAUAACAGCGUCGACCAACAGUUUGACAGUACCUGGCCGGUGAAUGCCGUCGUUUUGUAGUGAGUUUUUGUCGCAUUUGGAAUGGCUUAACGCGUCCCGUCGAGCUUAAAUGUAGAAGAUUGGCGCAAGACGUUUCCGGGUCGGGACAACAUUUUUUCACUACCAUAACUUGUUUUGUUCUCAACCUUUUUCGAAAAACUGAAGUUUUUUGAAUAGAAAAUUGGAGCGGCUGUCCAACCAUAGUAAUAUUGAAGCUCGGAAAUUUUUUUGAAAAUUUGGUCCCUACCUUCGAGCCAUUCCCAGUGCGACCAUGAACGUUAUCCAACUCGAAAAUCUGAUUAAAUACUUGAUUUUUUCGGAAAAACUCGAGUUCUUUUGGACGCGUCGCGGUCUUACGCGUCGCUUCCUAAUUUUCCCGCCAAAGUUUAAAAAUUUUCUUUUUUUCAUGUAAGCUGGUUUUUCUUCAAUUUUUGAGUUUAUUUAUCCUUCUAGACUUUUUUUAAAUGUAGUAUUCUUAUUUAUUGAUCAGAAUCUCACAAAGCAGUACCGCGAUACAGUACCACCACCUACAGUACCCCGAUACAGUACCACCUCUUACAGUACCCAAAUACAGUAACAAAAUUUCAUCACUAAAGUACCACCAUCACAGUACUAUUAAUUACGGUACCACCAGCUGGUAUUACUGUAUCUUGUAGGACUGUAGUAAGUGGUAAUUUAAUAAGUGGUACUGUGGUAGGAAGUACGGUAGGAGGCGCUACUCUAAUGGUGGUACUGUAGUGAUGAAACUGUGGUACUGUAUUGCGAUCACAAAGCGCUCCCUUAAGGGGCCACUUUAGGGUCUUUCCAAGGGACGGCCUAUAGGGGUCACUAUAGGGAUAUAAGUCCUUCCAAACUUUCAAAAAAAAAUCAAAAAAUCGAAAGACCACUAUAGGGAUCGCUUAAGCUCUAAGGGCUCAGGGUUCAAACCAGAAACCCCUAUAGGGACCACCUAGCCCUGUAGGGAGCACUUUUAUGACCCCUAUAGGGGAUUUUCUCCCUCUAACCCCUCUAGGGACCACUCUGGCGUUCCAAACCAAAAAAACUCGUUUUUUCAGCACGGGAAACGUCUCCUGGAUCCCACCGGCGAUAAUUCGGUCCAGUUGUAGCAUUGAUAUCGCUUAUUUUCCUUUCGAUACCCAGGUGAGAAUAAUUUUUGCGCUUCUCAAUGUCCCCGGAAUGAUUUAUUGAAGGAAUAAUAACCAAAAAUCAAAAAAAGCUCAAAAAAGACAAUUCCUUCCAGCACUGUACCAUGAAAUUCGGCUCCUGGACGUAUUCCGGAUUUUUCACGGAUUUAAUCAACUCUACCGUUUCAGCUGGAACGUAUAAACCCAACGGCGAAUGGGAAUUAUUGGGUAAUAUUGUCAUGAAUUUAUUUUCAGCUCCAAAUUCUAAAUUUUACCAUAUGCGUAAGAAAAAUGAGAAUAUUGAGAAAACCGGAAAAUUUUUUUUUUGAAAAGUUCAAUCACCGUCCUCUUAUCAGUAGAGCGCGAAAUCCGAUUUUUUAGGCGGCUAUUUUUUUUCACCUCCUUUUUUCAGUCUUUCGAGCCGAUUUUUCAUGUUUUUCUUUUUUGAAAUGCGAUGGAAAAUUCAGAAAAAUCAGAAAAUUCAAAUAAACCUUGUUUGUCCAUGGAGCGCACAAUUUGAAGUCUAGGAGGCUAUUUUUUCCUGCCUGUUUUUUUUUACUAACGAUGCGAUUUUUCAUAUUUUUUCAAUUGAAAUCCGAUGAAAAUCGUGCAAAUUCGUUAAUAAAGUCCCAUUAUGUUUUUUAUCCAAAGAGCGCACAAUCCGAAUGUCUAGGAGGUUAUUUUUUCCCACCUCCUUUUUUUUACCAAAAAUCGGCUCGAAAGACUUUCGAGCCGAUUUUUAUUGGGAAUGGGAUGGUGAAUUCAGUAAAAAACUUAAAUAAUAAUCCAAUAAACCUUGUUUGUCCAUGGAGCGCACAAUUUAAAUUCUGUGUGGCUAUUUUUUCCCUCUUUUUUUUUCAAAUUUUCACUCCAUUUUUCAGGCCUUACAUCCCAACGGUCGAUUUUCUACUACGAAUGCUGCCCCGAGCCGUAUUAUGACGUCACUUUCACCGUAUCCAUCCGCCGGCGAACCCUCUAUUACGGGUUGGUUCUACUCCCGUCCCCGUUUUUGCCAUUUUUCCUAUUUUUCAGUUUCAAUUUAUUGCUUCCCUGUAUGUUGAUUUCCUGCCUGGCGUUGCUCAGCUUCACGUUGCCGGCUGAUUGCGGCGAAAAACUCAAUUUGGGUUGGUUUUUUUUUGUGGUCGCAUUUGGAAUGGCUCAAAGUUUGAACGAAGCUCGAUUUCCAUCUUUUUCUCAAUUUUUUCGCGAAAAGAAAAAAAAUUUUUAUCAUCAAAUCUUGUACGAGAAACUGCAACUUCAUUUAAAGUUUGAUGAUUUUAUGGAUUUUUUUUUCCGAUAUUGAGGGCGUCAGAGUGGUCCCUAAAGGGGUUAGGAGGGAAAAUAGGUUCACCCGAGGACAAAAAGUGAUCCCUUCAGGCUUUUUGGGUCUAUAAAGCUGCAGUGGCCCCUAGAAGGAAAAUUCGAUGGCGCCCUCUAGUGAUCACUCCCAAAAAAUGCUGCUGAAUCUAAAAAUUACCAUGUUUUUCUUUUUUAACAUCUCAAAAAUGCUAAUGAAUACACUAUUUUCUAUUUUUCCAGGAGUCACGAUUUUCAUGUCCCUCUGCGUUUUCAUGAUAAUGGUGGCCGAGGCGAUGCCCCAGACCAGUGAUGCUCUUCCAUUGAUCCGUUAGUUUAAAUAUUGAUUUUUUUUUUUUUCAACCGUGGUCGCUUUGGGAAUGGCUCGACGCGGAAAAAAAUUCUCAUUUUUUUAAAAAAAUUUUAAAAAAAUUCCCUAUUAGAUCAACUUACCGUUUCUAAUCACUUAAAUAAAUUUUUUUGCGCCCGUCUGGAAAACGACUUACGCGUGAUAAAAAAAUAAGAUAGAAAAAGAAUUUUUUUCGAGUUUUAACGCCUUCGAACAGAAAAAAAUAGAAAUUUCGACAGAAAAAUAGUGAAUUUUCCAAGUAAGGUCCUGAGAAGAAAAUUACCGUAACCCAUGAUUUUUUGAAACGAAAUGGAAAAUUGGAUCGGAUCACCGUUUCGCCGAUAGUUUAUAAAAAAAUAAGUUCUUUUUCCUCGGUUUCACUGACCUUGUUCCCACUCAAAUGUUCCCAAAAAAAUUGAUAUUUUUUUCGCAAAAAAAUUUAUUUCUGAACUCCUAUGAUCACCGUUUCAGUCUCAGUUUUUGAUAAAUCGAUUUUUUCACAAUUUUCCGUGAAAUAUGUUUUCUUUUUUUCCUUUUGAUAACCGUAUCAACUCCAGUUUUUUAGUGUCCGGUUGAUUUUUUGGAUUUUCACGAUCUCCUAAUUCGAAAUUCCUUAAAAAAACUAACUUUUUUUUUCGUAAAAUUUCUUUUUCCAGAAAUCUACUUCUCCUGUAUCAUGUUCGAAGUGGGAGCAUCUGUGGUGGCUACCGUAAUCGCUCUGAAUUUUCAUCAUAGAUCCCCGGAAAGUUACCGGCCGAUGAACAAAUAUGUAAGUUUUUUUCGAAUCAAAAAGAAAAAAAAUAUUUUCGAAUUAUCCAUCAUUGCUGUUUCAUUAUUGAAAUAUAAACCUAACAUUCAAAUUUACAAAUAAUUACUAGGAAAAAUAUUAGGAAACUCUGACUUCUCUGCGCCCUCUCUUAUCUAUACGCUGUUUCCAAGGUUCUCUAACCUCACCGGUGAGAGAGAAGAGAGCGCAGACAGGUUAGAAGGCGGUUUCAAACGAAAAUCCUUCGAAAAAUUCUAAUUUCUCUGCGCCCUCUCUUAUCUUCAUGCUAUUUCCAUGGCUCUCUGGUCUCACCGGUGAGAGAGAAGAGGGCGCAGACAGGUCAGAGACUUUCGAAUCAUAGCGAAUGAUUAAAAAAUUUGAAAUUUUAGAUGAAAACCGUGCUACUGUAUUGGCUACCGUCUCUGCUUGGAAUGGAAAGGCCCGAAAUCCUCGAAAUGACGCUUCAAAAUACGCAUUGUGUCGAUCCAAGGAAGUGAGUUUGAGAGAAAUUAAUAAGAAAAAAAUGACGUCAUUAUGAGAAGAAUGACGUCAUCACUUGACCGCUACGCGAGCCGCGACGCGUCUCUAAAUUUUCUUGUUUUGGAAUUUUGAAUUGUGAGCCAUCUAGAGUUAUUGUGUGGGCUCGGGAAAACGACGUUUUGGAAAAAAAAAUGAGAAAAUAACGUCAUUUUCAAGAAAAACGAAAAAUGACGUCAUCACUAGACCGCUACGCGGGCCGCGACGCGUCUCUAAAUUUUCUUGUUUUUUUGGAAAUUUGAAAAAAAUUUUUUUGAAAAUAUCCAAGAUCUCAAAAAUAUCCAAGAAAAAUUAUCAAAAAAAGUCAAAAAAAUGACGUCAUCACUCGGCCGCUAUGCGAGCCGCGACGCGUCUCUUUCUCAAAUUUUAUAAAUUUUUUUCCGAAAAAAAUGAAAAAUUGUAGAAUCCCUGCAUUGGGAAACGGAAAAUGCCUUUCUUUCGCAAAAAAUUCAGAAAAUGACGUCAUUGUAGAAAGAAUGACGUCACCACUGAACCGUCACGCGAGCCGCGACGCGUCUGUUUUUUUGAAUUCUGAGAAGAGAACCGUGUAAAAACUACUGUGUAAGCUCAGAAAAAGCUCAGUAAUAAAGUCCUUUUCGUGUCAAAAAAAGAGCCAAAAAAUGACGUAAUUACGUAGUAAAUAAUUAAAUGACGUCAUAAAUUAACCGCUGCGCGAGCCGCGAUGCGACUCUUUCUCAACUUUUUUUUUCAUAAAAUGGGAAAAGUAUGAUAAUGACGUAAUGAAACCAGCCGCGACGCGCCUUAAUUUUUAAAUUUUUUCAAAAAAUCCUACUAAAACCUUUAAUUCGUACGGCUGCGAAAAACCGUCCGCACUUUACAGAAAACACAAACAAUAUCUGGUGGAAGUGGAACAACACUUCCUCGCCAAACCGACACUCCAUCACGUGAAUGCCUGUUCACUAGACCGGGCCGUUCACCUGGAUUUGUCCAAUUCAGGUGAUUUUGGCCGCAUUUGGAAUGGCUUGACCGCUGCGCGGCCGCGACGCGUUCCUUCCUAAGUUUUCAAAAUCCUACACUAUCAUAUGCAUUUUUUCACGCUGAUCUCGAAUCUGAGCUCAGAUUUCGUCUAGGAGCCUUGCGAAUAGAACUAUGAGGUUUUGAAAUUAAAAUUAUCGAUUUUUCUUGUAUUUUAUGUUUUUAAUGGUAGCUGGCCCAGAAGAAAAAAAAGAAGAGCUUUUAUUUUUGAUUUUGAAAAAUUAAAUCAGUUUUUAUUAUAUGAAGCCAUUCCCUACGGGUUACGGUAGCCUGAGCAUCUAAACAAUUUUGGGAAGUUUUUUGGUGAAAUGUAUAUCAAUCGAUAGCUUAUUUAAUUUAAAGUACAAUAAUUUGAAGAUUACUGUGGAAAUUUUUUUCGGGUUUACGGUACUUUUUCGUUUUUGAAGCCCUUUUUGAGUGAUUUUUUUCUUAAUUUUUUUCUCAAAUGCUUUUUGGGAUUUUCAAAAACUUUUUUUUUUGAAAUCUGCGUGUAAAAUUGAUACUAUGAAACAAGAAAAACUAAAAAAAAAUUCAGAUUUCAAAAUUUUCAGUAAAAAGCAACGAAACGAAGCCAUCCGUGAAGCUUUCAACGACGGAAAAUGGCGAUUUGACGUCAUCAAUCAAUAAAUAUACGUGUACAAAAAUUAUGGUUUGUAGGAAUCCUUCAUUUUUUCUCAUACUAAAAUGCACAGAAACCUGUCGAAAAUGGGUACAAAAAGCCGGGCGAAGACCGACAUUUCCACCAUAUCAUCAACGAAUUGAGGGUCAUCUCUUCAAGGGUUCGAAAGGAGGUUUGAAAAGGGUCGCAUUUGGAAUGGGUCGUGGAAGUGAUCGUGAAAAUGGGAUUACUGUUUCGAGACAUCUAUAUGAACAAAUAGGCAGAACAAUUUAUCUUUUACUAAUUUUUUUCAAUAAACUUCUGAUGGAUUUGGCUCCCUAAAUUUAAAUGUAUGCUUAGGAAUAACAAAAAUCCCUUAAAUUUGGAAGAUUUCUUAAUAUUUCGAAAUUUUCUCGAAAAGACGAGCACUUUGUUGCAGGAAGCGAUGCACGCCCUGCAGGCGGAUUGGAUGUUCGCCGCGAGGGUCGUCGACCGAAUCUGUUUCCUCGUUUUCUCCCUUUUCCUCUUUCUCUGUACCCUUAUUCUAUCCUACAAUGCACCACAUAUCUUUGUAUGA